AUGUCAUCAGCCAAGGUCGCCCCUUCGAAAGGUCGUAGGACAUUCACACCUCGACCAGCUCGCUCGGCAGAAGAAAGAUUACCAAACUUGUACAGAUCAUUGACCGAUCAGGUUGAUGAUGGGUAUUUCACCAAUGCCAUCAAGACUUGUAAGAAGAUCCUCAUACUCGAUCCAAAGUCUCAAGCAGCCUAUCAAACCCUGCUCUUUCUCCAUCUACAAACGGACGAUUACUCUUCAGCUAUAACGUUAUUAGAUAACGCGCUUAAGGACUCAAAGGACUCAUUCGACUUCGAAAGAGCCUAUUGUCUCUAUAGAUUACAUAGGGAGAAGGAGGCGUUGGAAUUGAUAGAAGGCAAAGAAGGCAGGAAAAUACAUCACUUAGAAGCUCAGAUCAGAUACAGAUUAGGAGAGUAUCAACGUGCUCAAGAGAUCUAUGAUGAUUUGUUAGUGGAUGUCAGCUCGUCAUCCUCCGAACAUUCAGAUAUCCUCACCAACCUGAACGCCACUACAUCCCAUCAAACUUUUUCAACAUCAACCUAUAAGUCCCACUUAUCCACUACGGACGAUCUGGAGAACAGCGUACCUUCUUUGCCAACCGGAUGGUCAAAAGUCCCAUCAACAGAUAAGAAAUCUAUCUCUACCAACGCCCCUAACACAGCAUCAUCCUCCAACGCGAAGGCUACAGCGGAUAAAGAGAAGAAGGGUAAAGACGGGGAGAAGAAGAGGAAACAUAAGCUGCCUAAAGGUGCGGUUGUUGGGAAACCUUUUACCGAAGAUCCCGAACGAUGGAUCCCUCUCAAACAACGUGCAUCCUACAUCUCUGCUCAAGCUAAGAAGAAAGGUGGUAAAGAAAGUAUGGGAACGGGAUUCACUCAAGGAAGUACCGCUCAACCUUCGCACACUUCUGGAGGAGGCGGCGGCGGCGGUGGCAAGAAUAAGAAAGGGAAGAGAAAGUAG